GCCGUUCUGCCUCCCGGGCGGUGGCAGAUUGCGUGAUCGGAUCGCCCUCCAGCCGGCCGCCAUUCGCCCAGGCGGGCCUUGGAGGUUGGAGGGGCAUUCAAGCUGUCCUCCAGAGUCCAGAGUCCAUCCCCAUUCAUUCCAUUGCGACCUCGGGGCUCCUUGGGGUAUAUUUAGUACUUCCGGCUUCCUCCUCCGCGUCAUAUUCUCUUGCUUUCCCUCUCAUCCUUCUUUUCCAACAAACUCUUUCCAAAAGUUCAUACCCCUCUACACUUCUCCCCACUUUCACAAUGGCUCAGGAACGUGCUCCUCUCCGCCUCGGCUCUGUUGCCCCUAACUUCGAGACCGACACCUCCAACGGUCGCAUCACUUUCCACGACUACAUCGGCGACAGCUGGGCUAUCCUCUUCUCUCACCCUGAUGACUUCACUCCCAUCUGCACCACCGAGCUUGGUGCCUUCGCCAAGCUCGAGCCUGAGUUCACUGCUCGUGGCGUCAAGCUCAUCGGUCUGAGCGCCAACGGUACUGAGUCCCACCACGCCUGGAUUAAGGACAUCAACGAGGUCAACGGCUCCAACCUCACCUUCCCCAUCAUCUCCGACCCCGAGCGCAAGAUCGCGUACUUGUACGACAUGGUUGACUACCAGGACACCACCAACGUUGACUCCAAGGGCCUGGCUCUCACCAUCCGCUCUGUCUUCAUCAUCGACCCCAGCAAGAAGAUCCGUCUGAUCAUGUCCUACCCCGCCUCUACUGGUCGUAACACCGCCGAGGUCCUCCGUGUUGUCGAUGCUCUGCAGACCACCGACAAGCACGGUGUCACUUGCCCCAUCAACUGGCUCCCUGGUGAUGAUGUUGUCAUUCCUCCCCCCGUCUCCACCGAGGAUGCCCAGAAGAAGUUCGGCGAGGUCCGCGUCGUCAAGCCUUACCUGCGCUUCACCACCCUCAAGAAGGAGUAA